AUGGGGAGUCAAUUAACUAAAGAGCAAGCUCGUUUACCUUUCGGAUACGUCUCUGUAAAAUCGAGUCGCCGACGAAUAGCAGGUUUAAAUCCAUCAACAAUACGACCUAACGUACAUCCCUCACCUGAUAAUCCUGACUCGCUCUUUAAUGAUCUUUUGGAGUUAAAUAAUCAUCUUCAAAAUGUUUCUAAUAACCUAACUCCCACCAUAAUAUCAUCACAAACUGGUGAUACUUCAUCGAUAAAUACUUCUAUCACGGAACAACCAGGUCAAGAUGGUAUGGUAGAAAUAUAUAAUAAACCCGAUGAUUAUAUUUCAUAUUCACAUGAUCACGGGGAUGACUCCUGUUGCCAAGGAACGAUUGAAAUUCCGGAAGAAUUUAAUCCGUAUAAUAAUUUAAGUCAAAUAGUAUUUAGUGAAUUACCAAAUUUAAAAAAUAUUGGACUUUGCCAAUUUGGUUUGGUAAAAUUAAGUCCUAAUAUAUGUUUUUUAUAUAUUACAACAUGUCUACAAAUAUGUUGUAAUGAAUUAGUAGAAAUACCAGCUGAAAUUGGAUAUAUGAAGAAUUUGCAGACGUUAGACGUAUCUAAAAAUCGGUUAGAAUAUAUUCCGGACACAAUUGGAUUUCUUCACAAACUUGUAGAACUAAAAUUAUCGGAUAAUCGUUUAACUUCGAUACCUUCAGCUAUCGGUUCUCUAAAGAAAUUGGGUACACUAUUACUUGAUAAUAAUAAAAUUACGGAAAUACCACCCGAAAUCAGUCAAAUUAAAACACUUGUGAAUUUGGAUGCUCGUGAUAAUCUAAUUACGGUUUUACCAGCCGAGCUUGGUCGACUUCAAUAUCUUAGAAAAUUACGAACUGAUGGAUGCCCAUUAACUACAGAAUUUGUACAUCAAUUAGUUCAUACUCCCCCUACACUUAUGGAACUUGCCGCACGUACCAUUGUGAGGCACCAAAUUCCAAUAUUACAGAAUACUACACCUCAUAUUAAAGAUUAUCUCGCUAGCGCCAAAAAAUGUAGUUUUUGUGGUGGUCCAUAUUUCGAAAGUUAUGUAAAACGAGGGAAAAUUAUUGAUAAAAAUGAUCAUCAUAUUCCUCUUGAAUAUCGUUUAUGUCAUCCACAUUGGAACACUGAGAAAGAACGUGUUAGUCUUUUAUUCUGUGCUUUACCGGAAACUGCACCUAGCCCUGAACCAUAUAGACAACAAAAGUAUUACCAUCAAUUUACAAAUGAUAGACCAUUUGAUGGAAAUACGACUAUUGUUAGUGUUUCCUCCCCUAAUCUACAAGAAAAAGUGAGACGCCCACCAGCUAGACGAUCUAUGACAAUCCCUCUUAGUUCUCUUACUAGGUCCCCCUCAUUACCUAGUUUACCAAGAUCUGCAUCACCAAGACCAUCAUCAAAUGAUAUCUCACAAGAAGAUACAGGAAUGAAAAAAAAUAAUAAUUCACGUGGACGUACUGGAGUGACAUCUCUAUGGCGAUCUAGAAAGAAUAAUUCAGCAUCAGCUAUUUUAGGAAAGCCAACGCGUAACAGUUCUUCUCUACGUCUAAGACCUCGAUGGCGUAUAUGA